AUGCACUUCCUUCCCUUGCUUUCAGUCUUAACAGCUGCAGCUGCAGCACCUGCCCAUCUUUGGGCCACGCACUACAACGGCACCGUCUACACCCUAACGCUAAACAAGAAUGACCUCUCCAUCACGCAGACUCUCGAUACCUGCGGUGACAUGCCAAGCUGGCUAACCUUCGAUCCAAAGACGCGCACAGUCUACUGCAUCGACGAGACAGGCACAGCCGAUCCAUCCACGCAUGGCUCCGUCACGGUCCUGCAUGCCGCGCUGAACGGCAAGUUGCACGAGAUUGCAGCGACAAAUGCCGUCGGUGGAGGCGUCAACAGUGUGAUUUACCAAUCGGACUGGGGGAAGAAGUUCCUGGCCAUUGCGCAUUAUGGAGGUUCGGCAAUCUCAACCUUCGCCUUGCCAAUCAAAGCGAACCAACCCGCCCUACAGGAAUUCCAUUUCAACUUGACCCGACCAGGCAAAGUCGAGCAACAGGACUCGCCGCACCCGCAUCAGGUUUUCCUGGACCCUACGGGUUCGUUCAUCGUCAGCCCGGAUUUGGGCGCGGAUUUGCUGCGCGUGUACUCGAUCGACGACGGACCGUCGGGCAAGUUGUCAGAGUGUCCGAGCUUGAAUGUGACCUUCGGCAGUGGGCCGCGACACGGUUUGUUCUGGACGGACGGAACAGAUCGGUCGGCUGGAGGGAUUGGCUCGAUGCUCUCGCGCAAGAUGACGGCUGUCGGCGAGACAAUGCUGUACCUUGUCAAUGAGAUCGGUGGCACGGUGAUGGUAUAUGAUGUUUCAUACUCGCGAUCAGGAUGUCUGUCCUUUGAGAAGAAGCAAACGUUUGUGCCAUACCCGGGGGGAGUGAUGCCGGAGGGCGGAACCCCAUCGGGGAUCAGUAGGGUUGGAGAUGAUUUCUAUCUUUCGACUCGCAGCGACCAGGGCUUCGAGCCGAAUGAUUCGAUAGUUGUGCUUGACCGAUCGCCCAAGGACGGAUCGGUUAAGGUGCGGAACUCUGGGUCGGCGCUGGGCAAGGUGCCGCGCACAUUUGUGAUUAACCGGACCGGCGACUUGGUUGCGAUUGGGAACCAGGCUUCUGCGACGGUUGCGAUCGUGCGUCGGGAUCGGGAAACAGGCGAGUUGGGUGACGAGAUUGCUGUUCUACAGGUUGGGGAGCCUGGGAAGGUUGGGACUGCGGAGGGGCUCAGCAGUGUUAUCUGGGAUGAGUAG